UUGCAUCGGUUGCAAGGAAUCCGAGUCAAAACAUGCAAGAUCGGACCACAGCGCCGCUUUCUACUCAGCCUGAUGAGCGGGUGAACUGGAGCGAUCUUCGUGACCACCGAUUCAAGCAUCUGAGCUUGUUACAUUUCUCUCGCCACACCUCCCGAUAGGACGCACAUCCUAUCGACUUUCUCCGAAUGAAGUUUGAACUACGUACUGCGAAAGAGCUCGGUCGAGGAGGCAGUGCUCGAGGGGUCGACGUCCGCGGACUCAGGGACAGGGACGGAGUCGACGGUGAUGUCGUCUUGUUCGGACAGGGCGGCGACAAUCGCGACGAGGGGCCUGGAGGAUGUUGCUACGAGGACGAAAGGGACGAGACGGGAGAGGCGUAGAUCGUGCUUCGACUACUAGGACAGUGAAGCCUGAGAGGAAUUGUAGAAUAAUCGCAGAGGCAAAGCGAUGGCUAGGGCGACCUUUCUUUCGCACGGUGGGUGCGGUGUGGCGGUCAACGUUUCGACAAGCGCGCAGCUGCAAGCUGUGUGGCCUACGAAUGUUCGCUAGGCGGCGCCAGGCUGUGUGAGCUUCCUGUAUCAGUGAUGACGGUUACGCAGCACCGUUACAUCCGGAGUGUAUCAUGCAAACAUAUGGCAAACUUUCUGCUCCUCGAGCGUGUCGAACACCUACACCAGAUGGUAUACAACAAAACGAAGAGUGUUGCGAACGAC